AUGUGCCCUCCAGGCUGUCAUCACGUGGGCACGACUACUGCGAUCCCUAGUAGCUCAUCACAAGCAAAUGCAAUGGAACCGAACGCAGGAACCGCGUGGUCGGUGCUUGGCCUGUCAAAAGUCCCCGAUCGUCGAUCCGAUAGUCACGAUGAUGGACCCCGAAGACAACCCGCCAGCUUCUUGUUUGUCAACUAUCAGGCCCAGACUUCGCAGGGCUCCACGGUUUCCAAAAAGAAGCAUGCUUUCAUCAAGACGAUGUAUCAUCGAUCCAAAAAGGAACAGCGACUACAAAAGCUGAAAGCUUCCAUCGGCCCGUUGCCGACCCAACGAUCCAACCCAUCAAUCCUCCCGUCAACACCGGGAUCCACCACAUUCCCUAUAGGCGCGGAGGCGAGGGUCGAAGAAUACGAGGCAUGCUCCUUCGACCGGGCGUUGCGGCCCGCUGGGAUUGACCCCUUUGCUUCGCUCUGUGUGCCUGCCAAGUCCAGCGUGGAUUUCUACUUUGACCACUGUAAGAUCGAGUCUACCUCGUCCGGUCGCAUCAACGCCAGUGACCUUUCUGAUCAUGCUUCCAGACCGGACCGAAUGUUCCUGGUCAAUCUAUCCCUUUGGGGCGACAGGCGUCAGCAUCUGGUGGUGGCAGCAAUCAAUCGAGCAGCCGGCCCUAUUGUAUAUCAUCCUGGCAACCAGUGCCUCCCACAGGGCGGGCCGAGGGCUCAUCGCGCAGGCCCCCAAGGCCGCCCAAGAUUCUCACCGGGCCUCCCUAGAGUACCGGCAAAAAACUAUCACAGGACUCCAGAGCAUGAUGAAAAUUCCAGGCACAAGUUUGCUUCGGUCUAUGGCGGUCAUCAUCGCCCACUUGAUCUGCGUAGAGCGUGGUUUGUCCCUCUCUCUAGUGCCAAUUUCAUGAGCGCAGCUGCCAGAGGCUCGGCACCGCCCUUGCCAAUAACCGUGGCUUGGAGAGCCAGAGUACUUGAAAGUUUGUAUAAUCUCACUGCGACCGACAACGCCCUGCAUGCUUCUUCAAUCGGUUUCCGCUUCUUCAACUCACCGUGGUCACAAGCAAUUCUCCCUAGUUUGCGAUCUAUAAUUAAGCUGUUUCGAAAAACCACGCAUUACAUGUGUACUACUGGACCAGUUGAGGAAGCCCCUGUACUCAACGACUGGUUGGUCUACACAGCCCAACAGUUGUUGUUGAUCGCCCCAGACUGUGUGUUUUCUGACUUGCAGGAAUGCCUGCGACUGUCAGUUCUGCUCUUUGCCGCAGUCCAGGUCUGGGGCUUUCAGGGCUUGCUGUUCCUGAAUCGACCCGUACUGGCCUUCCACUGUCGCUUGGAAGCCGCGCUUCUCCCUGUUCGACGCUUGGCGGUCGAUCUAUCUUUCUGGAUGCUCUUCACCGGUGGAAUUGCAGCAAUGGGUCAUCCCAGUCGCGCGUGGUUCGUGGACCGUCUGGCCGAGGUGGCCGGUCAAUUGUCUCUCGCAACCUGGGAUGAGGCGCGGGCCUUGUUGGAACAGUUUCUCUUCUUCUCCCGGCCUACUGAUACCCGAGCUGAAAUUCUCUGGAAGGAAAUAAAAAGGCAACAGGACAUCUAUAUAGUGCGUAAUGAUGCAUCACAGUCGGAUUGGACCCCAUUAUGUCUAUCACUAUCACUAUCAGCUUGUUGGGCGUCCGACAAGGUCCAAAUUCCUUAUACUGCCGUCCACCCACCCCAGCCAGUAGCCCAACAACUAGGUACGGACUAG